AUGGGAAACGUCCUAGCUAGCCCUAUUCCCCUUCUUUCAAACACCCCGCCCCAUUAUCCCGCUUUCCAUCACCCAGCCCCAUUCUCCCUCUUUCCAUCACCCAGCCCCAUUCUCCCUCUUCCCAUCACGCAGCCCCAUUCUCCCUCUUUCCAUCACCCCGCCCCAUUCUCCCUCUUUCCAUCACCCAGCCCCAUUCUCCCGCUUUCCAUCACCCCGCCCCAUUCUCCCGCUUUCCAUCGACCUGCCCUAUUCUCCCGCUUUCUAUCGCCCCGCCCCAUUCUCCCUCUUUCCAUCACCCCGCCCCAUUCUCACGCUUUCCAUCACCCCGCCCCAUUCUCCCUCUUUCCAUCACCCCGCCCCAUUCUCCCUCUUUCAAUCACCCUUCCCCAAUCACCCACUUUCCAUCACCCCGCCCUAUUCUCCCUCUUUCCAUCACCCCGCCCCAUUCUCCCUCUUUCCAUCACCCAGCCACAUUCUCCCUCUUUCCAUCACCCUGCCCCAUUCUCCCUCUUUCCAUCACCCCGCCCCGUUCUCCCGCUUUCCAUCACCGCGCCCCAUUCUCCCUCUUUCCAUCACCCCGCCCCAUUCUCCCGCUUUCCAUCAUCCCGCCCCAUUCUCCCUCUUUCCAUCACCCCGCCCCAUUCUCCCUCUUUCAAUCACCCCGCCCCAUUCCCCCUCUUUCCAUCACCCCGCCCUAUUCUCCCUCUUUCCAUCACCCCGCCCCAUUCUCCCUCUUUCCAUCACCCAGCAACAUUCUCCCUCUUUCCAUCACCCUGCCCCAUUCUCCCUCUUUCCAUCACCCCGCCCCGUUCUCCCGCUUUCCGUCACUGCGCCCCAUUCUCCCUCUUUCCAUCAACCGGCCCCAUUCUCCUGCUUUCCAUCAUCCCGCCCCAUUCUCCCUCUUUCCAUCACCCCGCCCCAUUCUCCCUCUUUCCAUCACCCAACCCCAUUCUCCCUCUUUCCAUCACCCCGCCCCAUUCCCCCGCUUUCCAACACCCCGCCCCAUUCUCCCACUUUCCAUCACUCCGCCACAUUCUCCCUCUUUCCAUCACCCCGCCCCAUUCUCUCGCUUUCCAUCACCCAGCUUUAUUCUCCCGCUUUCCAUCACCCCGCCCCAUUCUCCCUCUUUCCAUCACCCCGCCCCAUUCUCCCUCUUUCCAUCACCCCGCCCCAUUCUCCCGCUUUCCAUCACCCCGCCCCAUUCUCCCGCUUUCCAUCACACAACCCCAUUCUCCCGCUUUCCAUCACCCUGCCCCAUUCUCCCUCUUUCCAUCACCCCGCCCAUUUCUCCCGCUUUCCAUCACCCCGCCCCAUUCUCCCUCUUUCCAUCACCCCGCCCCAUUCUCCCGCUUUCCAUCACCACGCCCCAUUCUCUCGCUUUCCAUCACCCCGGCCCAUUCUCCCGCUUUCCAUCACCACGCCCCAUUCUCCUGCUUCCCAUCACCCCGCCCCAUUCUCCCUGUUUCCCUCACCCAGCCCAUUUCUCCCUCUUUCCAUCACCCAGCCCAUUUCUCCCAUCACCCCGCCCCAUUCUCCCUCUUUCCAUCACCCCGCCCCAUUCUCCCUCUUUCCAUCACCCCGCCCCAUUCUCCCGCUUUCCAUCGCCGCGCCCCAUUCUUCCGCUUUCCAUCGCCCCGCCUCAUUCUUCGUCUUUCUAUCGCCCCGCCCCAUUCUCCCGCUUUCCAUCACCCCGCCCCAUUCUCCCGCUUUCCAUCAACGUGCCCCAUUCUCCCUCUUUCCAUCACCCCGCCCCAUUCUCCCUCUUUCCAUCACCCCGCCCCAUUCUCCCGCUUUCCAUCACCCUGCCCCAUUCUCCCGCUUUCCAUCACCCCUGCCCAUUCUCCCGCUUUCCAUCACCCUGCCCCAUUCUCCCGCUUCCCAUCACCCCGCCCCAUUCUCCCUCUUUCCCUUACCCAGCCCAUUUCUCCCUCUUUCCAUCACCCAGCCCAUUUGCCCCUCUUUCCAUCACCCCGCCCCAUUCUCCCUCUUUCCAUCACCCCGCCCCAUUCUCCCUCUUUCCAUCACCCCGCCCCAUUCUCCCGCUUUCCAUCGCCCCGCCCCAUUCUUCCGCUUUCCAUCGCCCCGCCUCAUUCUUCCUCUUUCCAUCGCCCCGCCCCAUUCUCCCUCUUUCCAUCACCCUGCCCCAUUCUCCCUCUUUCCAUCACCCCGCCCCAUUCUCUUGCUUUCCGUCACCCCGCCCCAUUCUCCCUCUUUCCAUCACCCAGCCCCAUUCCCCUUCUUUCAAACACCCCGCCCCAUUAUCCCGCUUUCCAUCACCCAGCCCCAUUCUCCCUCUUUCCAUCACCCAGCCCCAUUCUCCCUCUUCCCAUCACGCAGCCCCAUUCUCCCUCUUUCCAUCACCCCGCCCCAUUCUCCCUCUUUCCAUCACCCAGCCCCAUUCUCCCGCUUUCCAUCACCCCGCCCCAUUCUCCCGCUUUCCAUCGACCCGCCCUAUUCUCCCGCUUUCUAUCGCCCCGCCCCAUUCUCCCUCUUUCCAUCACCCCGCCCCAUUCUCACGCUUUCCAUCACCCCGCCCCAUUCUCCCUCUUUCCAUCACCCCGCCCCAUUCUCCCUCUUUCAAUCACCCUGCCCCAAUCACCCACUUUCCAUCACCCCGCCCUAUUCUCCCUCUUUCCAUCACCCCGCCCCAUUCUCCCUCUUUCCAUCACCCAGCCACAUUCUCCCUCUUUCCAUCACCCUGCCCCAUUCUCCCUCUUUCCAUCACCCCGCCCCGUUCUCCCGCUUUCCAUCACCGCGCCCCAUUCUCCCUCUUUCCAUCACCCCGCCCCAUUCUCCCGCUUUCCAUCAUCCCGCCCCAUUCUCCCUCUUUCCAUCACCCCGCCCCAUUCUCCCUCUUUCAAUCAUCCCGCCCCAUUCCCCCUCUUUCCAUCACCCUGCCCCGUACUCCCGCUUUCCAUCACCCCGCCCCAUUCUCCCGUUUUGCAUCACCCCACCCCAUUCUCCCGCUUUCCAUCACCCCGCCCCAUUCUCCCGCUUUCCAUCAACCCGCCCCAUUCUCCCUCUUUCCAUCACCCCGCCCCAUUCUCUCUCUUUCCAUCACCCCGCCCCAUUCUCCCUCUUUCCAUCACCCCGCCCCAUUCUCCCGCUUUCCAUCUCCCGCCCCAUUCUCCCGCUUUCCAUCUCCCCGCCCCAUUCUCCCGCUUUCCAUCACCCCGCCCCACUCUCCCGCUUUCCAUCACCCCGCCCCAUUCUCCCGCUUUCCAUCACCCCGCCCCGUUCUCCCGCUUUCCAUCACCCUGCCCCGUUCUCCCGCUUUCCAUCACCCUGCCCCAUUCUCCCUCUUUCCAUCACCCCGCCCCAUUCUCCUGCUUUUCGUCGCCACGCCCCAUUCUCCUGCAUUCCAUCGCCACGCCCUAUUCUCCUGCUUUCCAUCGACCCGCCCCAUUCUCCCUCUUUCCAUCGCCCAGCCCCAUUCUCCCUCUUUCCAUCACCUCGCCCCGUUCUCCCUCUUUCCAUUACCCCGCCCCGUUCUCCCGCUUUCCAUCACCCCGCCCCAUUCUCCCGCUUUCCAUCACCCCACCCCAUUCUCCCUCUUUCCAUCACUUCGCCCCAUUCUCCCUCUUUCCAUCACCCCGCCCCAUUCUCCCUCUUUCCAUCACCCAGCCCCAUUCUCCUGCUUUCCAUCACCCCGCCCCGUUCUCCCUCUUUCCAUUACCCCGCCCCGUUCUCCCGCUUUCCAUCGCUCCGCCCCAUUCUUCCGCUUUCCAUCACCCCGCCCCAUUCUCCCUCUUUCCAUCACCCCACCCCAUUCUCCCUCUUUCCAUCACUCCGCUCCAUUCUCCCGCUUUCCAUCACCCCGCCUCAUUCUCCCUCUUUCCAUCACCCCGCCCCAUUCUCCCGCUUUCCAUUGCCCCGCCCCGUUUUCCCGCUUUCCAUCACCCUGCCCCAUUCUCCCGCUUUCCAUCACCCCGCCCCAUUCUCCCGCUUUCCAUCACCCCGCCCCAUUCUCCCGCUUUCCAUCACCCCGCCCCAUUCUCCCGCUUUCCAUCACCCCGCCCCAUUCUCCCGCUUUCCAUCGCCCCGCCCCAUUCUCCCGCUUUCCAUCACCCCGCCCCAUUCUCCCGCUUUCCAUCGCCCCGCCCCAAUCUCCCGCUUUCCAUCACCCCGCCCCAUUCUCCCGCUUUCCAUCACCCCGCCCCAUUCUGCCUCUUCCCAUCGCCCCGCCCCAUUCCCCCUCUUUCCAUCACCCCGCCCCAUUCUCCCGCUUUCCAUCACCCCGCCUCAUUCUCCCUCUUUUUAUCGCCCCGCCCCAUUCUCCCGCUUUCCAUCGCCCCGCCCCAUUCUCCCUCUUUCCACCACCCAGCCCAUUCUCCCUCUUUCCAUCACCCAGCCCCUCCAUCACCCAUCCCCAUUCUCCCUCUUUCCAUCACCCCGCCCGAUUCUCCCUCUUUCCAUCACCCCGCCCCAUUCUCCCGCUUUCCAUCUCCCCGCCCCAUUCUCCCGCUUUCCAUCGCCCCGCCUCAUUCUCCCUCUUUCCAUCGCCCCGCCCCAUUCUCCCUCUUUCCAUCGCCCCGCCCCAUUCUCCUGCUUUCCAUCUCCUCGCCCCAUUCUCCCGCUUUCCAUCACCCCGCCCCAUUCUCCCGCUUUCCAUCACCCCGCCCCGUUCUCCCGCUUUCAAUCACCUCGCCCCAUUCUCCUGCUUUCCAUCACCCCGCCCCAUUCUCCCGCUUUCCAUCCCUCGCCCCAUUCUCCCGCUUUCCAUCGCCCCGCCCCAUUCUCCAGCUUUCCAUCGCCUUGCCCCAAUCUCCCGCUUUCCAUCACCCCGCCCCAUUCUCCCUCUUUCCAUCACCCCGCCCCAUUCUGUCUCUUCCCAUCGCCCCGCCCCAUUCUCCCUCUUUCCAUCACCCCGCCCCAUUGUCCCGCUUUCCAUCACCCCGCCUCAUUCUCCCUCUUCCCAUCGCCCCGCCCCAUUCUUGUUAG